AUGCAAUUUCAAUCCGAACAAUCGCAACAAUUACACGAGCAAUCCGUAAACCUAACCCGUUCUAUCCUCUGCGAACUCGUCGCAACUCGUAUUCUUCGACGAUUUUACGAAGAUAGCUCAGGUCCUGAAGGCCUCCUUCUCCUUGCAAAUGUCCUUGUCGCUGGUUUUAGUGUUUUCCAGGGGGCGCCAGAAAAUAUCCAACAAGCGAACUUGCCCAGGAACCACUGGACUGUCACAUACAAAAGCAGACAUCCGGCACUGGAAAUAGCGAUCGUAUCACAAAGCAAGCUCUUUCUGAGCUCGGGUGCUUGCCAAUUAGUCGUCAAUGCUAUCUACAUUGGCCGAAUUGUGUACACUCCGACUACUUUUGUUGACAUUAUCCCUGACAACUACAAAUAUCGCCCAAUCUCGCUCUAUGAUCCUAGAAAGGCACCGUUCUUAAAUCAGUACCGUCUGAUGGUCCCUCGGACAAGGAAUACGAUUGAGAUAUGUCAGUUUAUCUGCUUGCUAUGUCUCUACCUUUGGAUUAUGAUCCAACGCCCACCACCACACAAGUAUCCACUUCAAGAGAUAGUAUUCUCGGUGUAUGCUUGUGGAUGGAUACUCGAGCAGUUCUCUACUAUCCUUGAGCAUGGUUGGUUUGUUUAUACGCAAAAUCUAUGGUCUUUUCUCGAUGUCACAUUCUCUCUUAUAUUUGGGAUUUACGGUAUCCUCCGGCUUCAUGGCCUGCGAACUGAGUCUCCCGUCCCCGGCCAACAAGCUCUCGAUGUUCUCGCCAUGGCAGCGACAAUUCUAAUACCACGUUUGGCCUUCAACUUAAUGUCCGAAAAUAUGUUAUUCGUCUCUCUACGUGCCAUGAUGUCCGACUUCAUGAUGCUCACGGUCCUGGCUGUAUGGUGUUUCAUCGGCUUCCUUUUAUCCAUGCUCUGGCUAGGAGAAGGGAAACAUCACAUGGCUACAAUUUCCAAAUGGAUGUUGUGGGUCUGGUUUGGUCUCGACGGCACUGGUAUCGGAAGAUCGGUUGAAUUUCACUGGCUUUUGGGACCCAUAUUGAUGGUUACCUUUGCAUUCCUCGGAUAUCUAUUCCUGGUUAUCUUGGUCUCAAUGUUGUCGAAUACGUUCUCAGGAUUACACUCAGAUGUCGAUUCGGAAAUCCAAUUUCGACGAGCAGUGUUAACAUUAGAGGGAGUCAAGAGCGAUGCCAUUUUCAGUUACCUACCGCCCCUCAACAUAUUCGCCAUUGUGUUCUUAGUACCCCUAAGAUUUGUAGUCACGGAACGAUGGUUCCAUAAGAUCAACGUGGCGAUCAUUAGGACCUUGAAUUUGCCCAUUUUGGUGCUCGUCGCACUCAUAGAAAGGCAAGCUUGGUGGGCACCUAGGAAGAAAGGAAAACUUCCGCCAGGACUUAAAGCGAGGGGGGGCAAGGGGCGACCAGGGAUGGGUAAUCGGGCGAUCAGUGUGCCAGGGUUUAAUGCGCAUGGGAAUAUUCAAGCGGUAUUUAGAGCCGAAUAUGAACGAAUCAAGCAGGAAGAAAUGGAUGCGGAAGUUGGAGAAGUGCCCCCUGAGGUUCUAAACGGAGAUGAUGUGGAGAGCUUUAUGAUGGGAGCUGGAGGUCGAAGCUCGGAUAGAAGAACGAGCAGGGAUAUGAUGAGGAGGCUGACGAGGAGGGAUAGUAGUAUGCCUCUCGGGGAGGUAGCGGACCAGUUGAGAGCACUGUUAAGUACGGCAGAUGGAGAAAGUGAGACGGGUGGAGGGGUCGGGCAGAGGAUCCAUGCGCUUGAAGACCGGCUGAAGAAUAUCGAGGAGAUGUUGGAGACAUUAGUUCGAGGAAAGGAAAAGAAGAAGGUUGAAGAGGAAGCUAUAGAAGAUGCGGAUGAAUGA